UUGGUGCCUGUUUGCAGCUCAGUGUUUGUAAAUCCAAUCUCAGUGACAUCAGCAGGGUGAACGCUGGCCCACACUCCUAUUUGCCUCCUCCAGGAUAAAACUAUGAGGAGCAGACUGAGGAGACACUCAGGUUGUCCUCCAGCAGGAGCUCCACACAGCUGAUCAUCAUCAUCAUCAUCAUCGUUGAUCUCCUGCUCUGAAAGCCACGCAGGAUCCGGACUCAGGGAGGUGCAGGGGGAGAGCGUGAGGAGCGCGUCUUCCUCGCGUCAUGUUGGGACAUGGAAAGAAAGCAGCCCCGGUGGUGAAGAAUGGAGCCGGGACGUCCGAGUCAAAGGCCAUCGAUCCCCUGAGGAAUCUAGGUGAGAGUUUGUGACAAAGCUGGUGUAAACAUGAUGUGUCCAAAGACCACAAGCUCUUUUUCUUCUCAGAGAUAAUAACAAAGAUACCCUGAUGUCUGAUGGACCGUUAUGUCCCCGCCCCCUCUGUGCGCUAUUACUAGGAAAUAUUAAAAUUCACAUGGAGCGAGAAUAAGAUGAUAAAUGUUUGACUAACACAUUAAAAUCCUAAAGUCAUUAAACCAUUUUCAAUGACUAAUCAAGGGCAGACAGUCAAAGGUUGUUUGGGCCACUAUUUUUUUAUUCUAUUGACUCAAUGAUACAAUUUCUGAUUAGUUUUCUGUUGUCUAUAAACAAUUAAUCGAUUAUUCGUAGUCUUACGAAUAAUCGAUUUCGUAUUCGUAAUCUUACUAUUGUGUCAUUUUUAUUGGGUGCCUUUUCCUCUAGUAUUUGGAAGCGUUAUUACAAUAAUUGAUUUUCAUCAUAAAGAGUGGUUGUGUGGGCUGGAAAAUUUGCAUUGAUGUCUCUGAACAGCUGGCCAUGACUCAACUGCAGGAGCAAAAACAGAGACUACCAUAAUAUUCAAGACCCUCUCCCUGUAUUAGUGCAAAGUACCAUAAAAUCGCAAAUUAUUGGCCUGUUAUUGGUCAUUCUGCAACAAUUUGUUUAAGAAAAUAGGCUUUAACAAAAUUUACAUAUCGUGCUUACUUUAAGCACUCCAUCCCCAAGGGUUUAGAAAGUUCUUGGCAUUUACAGUAGCCUAUUUAUUUAAAGCCACUGUAAGAUUUUUUUUUCCACCUUACUGUGAUGGACUAAUAUUGACAUUGAUGUCUUUUCAUGAUAUUCAAAAUCAGACCAGACCAUCAGCAACAAGAUUGACAAAUUUAAUAUCAUAGUUUUGUGUUAGGGGAAAGAGUCAACCAAGCAGCUGCAAAACAGAACUGUUUUUUACAGUUUCCGCUUUAAUUACUCACAAUAGUUGAUACAUUUUGCAUUCACAAGUCAACAGGAUUAGAUUUUUGUUUAAAGUCUUUCUGAGCAGGUCAAGAUAAGCAAAGACUGCAUUGUUCACAGGGGUGCAAAAGCUGAUUAAGAUGAAAAAUUCCUCACAGGAGCUUUAAUACAUUUCGAAUCUCGCACUUUUACUUAAGUUGGCUAACAAACUAGUAAUUUUGCCUAUACCUUGGUAAAAUUUCACUGAAGUAACUGUACUUUUACUUGAGUUAACACUCUUUCAGGGGCAGCACGUGAUAAAACUGUAUCAGGGAGCUUUAUCAAUGACUCCCAAUCAGUGGUUUGGGGUUCGUUUGACACCUAAUAAGAAUUUCAUCUUCACUAAUAUCUUAGCUUUCUUUAAACAGCACAGAAGUAACUAUGUCCAGUAAGCCACGUCACAUGCUCGGCCAAGUGUUAACAGCUGUGAAUCUUUAAUAUGGUUAUCAUAUGAUUCAUUAUUCAAAACAAUAAAGACAUCAGCAGCACCACUGAGCUUGUAAAUGUCAGAGCACAGCCUGUGAAUACUCAGACUCAGAGUUUAUUCAGAUGGAGAGGCACAGUGUUUGAAUGUGGACUUUUCAUGAUCGUCUGCAAGAGUUGCUAUGCUGUAGGAAUCUGAAUGUUCCAGUGAGAGCCCUUCACACUGUUUCAGAAACAGCUUUUCUUGUACUUAGGUGCUUAUUUUUGAUUACUGGCCUAUUUAUAACAAAGUCCUGGAGACUACGGGUCUGAAUGAAUUACUCAAAGUGAGUGUGCAUGGAGAAAACCAGGCAAGGUUAUGAUACAAAUAAGCUUUUUUUUUUAGUAAAAUCCAAGGUAAACAUUCUGAUUAGAAAUUCAAAAAGUCAUCUAUUAACCACUUUUUUUUCCUGCACAUUAAAAUCAAAUUGCCUAUAACAUGUUUUAAAUACAUUUCAAUAAAUGUAGAAAUCAUUAUGGUGAUUGCUGUGAUGGUGAUAUGAUGAUGAUUACUAAAAAGAUGCCAUUAAUCAGGCACCCUUUAAUUGGUCUACCUUUAUUGUUAUCAUACAAAAUCAAAGAAAAGUUUUGUCUCUUCAAUUGGUCUUUACUCUACUGGAACAAAGUGAAAAAAAGUUACAAUAAAAAACAAUUUACUUUCUUUUUUGCAUUUCGACACAGUGGCAAAAGUCUUUUUUGUUCACUAGGAACAGUUAACAACAUUGUUAUUUGGAGAGUGUCAGAAUAAUAACACUGCAUCUGACUUGCAGCCAGCUGAGAAGAACGACAGAGAGUGUGGUCUUCUUUUUCUUCAAUAUCUUUUACUUGCAAGGAGUCAGCAGCUUACAACAAAGGCGGCUUCCUCUGACUGAGGAAUUCAGAUUUUUACACAUCCUUUAUGCAGUCAUGAAACCGACACCCCCACCCCCACUAACAUCAUCUCACAAGUGGCAUGACAUUACAACAGUAUCCAAAUAGGGUACAGGUUGCAGCUGUGGUCUGUACUGGAGAACAAUGACAGCUUAGUUCAUCAUCAGGUUCCUGCUUAUCAGUAAUAAAAAAGUGUCAGUCCCAACUCCAAGGCCAUACUUCUCCUUUCCCAUGCUCAUUAAAAAGAAACAGAUAUAACUCUGCAAACAUUCACACCAAGUGAUUUUCAGUAAAUGAUGACUAACAUACGUAUUUAAUGAUAAAAUACACAUGUGAUAGCAUACACAUACAAGAUUUCUUUCAGAGAAACUUUUCAGGGUCAUGGCUGAUUAGCCACCAGGAAAAACAAAGGUGAAAGAAGGGAAAGAGUAGAGGGGGGCUGCUGGUCAUAGUGGUCAGUGCAUGUGAACCAUAUAAUCAUUAUGUGAAGACUUCACAUAACUGAAAACUGUUCAAUGUCAAGUUGACACAGGAGUCGGCUGAUAAAAUAUUUUUGCCAUUGAAACUACAGAAGCUGUUGAAUCUGAGGGACUACUUUUUUUAAAUGAAAUUGUCUCACCCAGGACUCAAUUUUGCACACAGUACACUGCACAUACAGUAUUCCUAACCUGUUACAAUCAGGUAUUUCUCUGCAACUUGUACGAAAUCAACAAAUGAAAAAUUAGGCAGCAUAUAAAAUCCACAAAUAUCAAUCGUUUGACAAAACUACUCAAAAAUAUUCAUCUGAAUAGUGAAAAUUCUUGGUUUUUAACCUUAAUAGUGCAGUCGGACUCACUUUAGUAAAUGUGCAUGUGUUGCUUAUCAUGGCCUUUGAUGCAGUUGACUUUUCACUUCCUUAAUUUCUUGAUGACUUUGCAGGUUUUGUAAAACAUGCUAUAUGUCUGCAACAUUUAGCUCUUUAUACAAGACUACUUUACUUUAACUUGCAUACAUCUUCCUCCCUAAGACUGAUUUACUCUCUUCAUUUUUAAACCACAUGUAGUUGGACUUUUCCAGUAGUUUUCCACUGUUCAACAACUCGCCAGUGUGUUUCCAGUCAACUUCUAAGCCAGUGACAUCCACAGGAAAUAUCACAAAUACCAUAAUUUCACUUUUCCUGUGUGUAUUUGUGCAGCACAUUUUUUUUAGUGUUUGGUCUUUUCAUAAACACCCUUGACACAGAAAAUGACGUCAAGUCUUUGUGAGAUUUACUGUCUGUACGAUCAGUCAGACCACAUGGUUUCAUCACAAACUCAUUCAGAAGUCAAAUGCUCCCAUUUACAUAACCUCACAGCCACUGUAAUAGUCCCACUGAUGCAACAUCGCUCUCCUUAUUUACAGUCAGCCUGUGCUGUACACAAGGAAAUGUGUGUGUGUGUGUGUGUGUGUGUGUGUGUGUGUGUGUGUGUGUGUGUGUGUGUGUGUGUGUGUGUGUGUGUGUGUGUGUGUGCUUUCCAAAUAUCAAGGCGUCUUUGUGAGCACAGUGACCCAGCCCUUUCUGAAUCACAGAGCGGCAUCAGUGGAAAAGUCUGCAUGCUGCUUACUCAGCUCUGCAUCAACUGUGACAGAAAGUUACAUAUUUUUAUGCCCAGGCAUGAAACAGGAACACAUGAGGUGGGAGACCCCAAGACUGCAGCCAUAGCCAACUCCAAAAUCUCAGAAUUAACAAAAAAAAAAAAAAUCUGAAUCAAAUUCCAAGCCCUAAUGAUCUUCUUUAAACCAAACCUCUCCUCAAAUUCACAUAACCAUUUGUACUGCUACUUGAAAGUAAGGUUAUAUCCGUAGCUGUAAACCUAGCCCCUCCUCACUGUAAACCUGAGAUAACUGACAUUCCUCACACUCUGUCAACACUUCAUCUGCUGGCUCUACUUUGAUAAGGCUAUUUGUUUUGAAGUGAAGCUACAAUACACACAGAAAAGUACCCCACCACCCCAGGUCUGCAGUCAAAGCUUGUGAUCUGAAAACCUGAAGUAGAGAGCUCCAAAAAUGAUACCUAUAACUCCUGACACCACUCAUUUUUAGGGUAUGAAAUGCAAAGAAGGACUGUAAAAGAUCUCAGAUUUGUCCUAUUUGUCUGCAGAUGUGUUUUUACUCUAACAAAGCAUCUUUAGUGACUGUUUUGUGUAUUUUCAAGUAAAUUCAGAUUUUUGUUUUCUUUGCAUUUGCACUUGACCGAGACGUGUCUGCCUUCAAAUGUUCACCACAUGCUCAACACUGUGUUGCAGAAGUUUAUCUGUUCGUAAUCUCACCUCCAUUCACCAGACAAAUACUCUAAAAUUGCUUCUUUUCUUCUUGAGGACAGACCUGACAAAGCUUGACUUUUUACUUUUCACAAAACCGCAUCAUCAUGUUGACAUUUUUGUAAACCUGUGGGUCGUUCAUUACUAGAGAAACAAAUGGAUCCUUCUUUUUUUGUCUAAUUCAUACCCAAUAAGCAGGAGUGAAGCCUCUGUGUAAGACUGAAACUCACCAGAAACAGAUGAACAAGCAAUUCUCUGGGGAAAACACUGAGCCAAGAAAUGAUGGUGUCUGUUUUGCUAGCUAUACUGAAAUAAAUUGGCGGAUGUUCCUUGGGGUCUGUAUUUUAGUCAGGUAAUAGCAGAUAGGUUCUAAGAUGGGUAAGAGAUCAUCUAUGCCAACUCUUUAGCCUGUUAAACAAGUACAAUGUGCAAAAUCUAAGUUAGUUUAAUUAAGAUGUUGGUUUUUCAGCACUAGUUCAUUGAUAACAUUUCGCAAAGUUGGGACAGACUUAUUGGACAGAAAUAAAAAAUGGACCAAAAUAAAUUAAAUCCAUUUUUCUUGCUUGGUUUUUGUCCAAGAGCAGAAACAAAAGGCAAAGCAGGUUAAGUAAUAUGUCAAAUCUCAGCAAAAAAGGAAGUAAAAGUGCUUCACACAAGAAAAGAAAACAAAAGAGGACAUCGAAAGUUUAACACAGCAAUGUUGAGGUUAAAGUGUAGAAGUUAAAGUUCAGUGUUGUGUCAUUGAUGGCCACAUUUCACCGCAGAAAACUCUCUUGACAGACUGAUAGUGUCCACAACUUGCUCUGGAGUGACUUUUGGUUCAAACAGCACUUUUACUUAGAUUUUAAGUGUUUUUCACUUGGAUGCUUUCCAAUGCUGUGAAUAUUAAAACUUCCUUACAAAGCACACGUACCACUUACACUCAUUUUCUUCUGUUGAAAAAGAUGACUAACAAAAGGAAGCGUUGACUGAAACUGUGAGAAAUGAUGUCAGGGAGAACAGACGGUAACAGAAGUAGGUCAUCCUGAUCAAAAAAACAGACUGAGACUGUGAUAGAUUUUUAUAAACUUAGAGACAGAAACAAAGGAUCAUGAGACUUUUUUGAUACUCAGAAAUAACAGCUCUUUACACUCUAAAAACCCCUGGGUUAAAAACAACACAAGUUGGGUAGCGCCCAAGCAACACCAGGGUUGAAAAGGGACUGACUACUUAUUGGGUUAUUCAAAUUAACCCAAAUUUGGGGUUGACUCAAUAACCCUUUUAAGGGUCAACUUAACCUAAUCUUAGAGUUAAUUGGACUCAUGAUCUUGGGUUAAAUUGAUAUAUGCCUUUGGGGAGCUUGGCUUUCAAUCAGUAAUGCACUCAUGUUUGUGAGGUGGGCAAUAGCGCUAAGGAUCUAAGGAUCUUGCCUAAGGACUCACACUGAUAGAUGUAGUUUAAAAAAACUCUUAUGUAGUAAAAAAAACUCAAAUUGGGUCACAAUAGAAUCCAUAUGACCCAAGAAAUGGGUAUGGAUCUGAAAAAUAACCCAGAAAUUUAACACAACACGUAUAACCCAGGAAUUGGGUUGAAGAAACAACCCAAGAGUUUUUAGAGUGCACUGUAAAAGAUCUCCUGGCUAAAAUACAGGUACAGUCAUUGUUCAUUUCUGUAAUGGUGUCACAGGAUGUGAAAACAGGCCAACAGCACACUCAGUUAAAUGACACCACUUCUCUCUUUAACUCUUUUUACAAACACACUCUGGAAAAACUUUAAGAAUUUUUAAAGGCACAUUCCCCCAAACACCCCAAAGAUUUCAAUCUUACACAGUGAAGUUUUUUAGUUGUGUCAAAUUUGCAAAUUUGUGCUUUCACACACGCACCACACCUUGAAAAAUUCUGUAGUUUGGUGCACAUUUGGAUAGAGACUCUCUCUCUUUUCUUUUUGUGCCUGUACCUUAACAUCUCUAACCACACCCUGCUGCUUAUUCCAAAGCCUCCAUAAGAGGAGCUGUGGUCCGACAUAUGUAAACAUACACCCACUCCUAAUUAUAAGUGUGGCCUGCUGUUCCCUCUCUCUUUUUAUCCUCCCUUUUCUCUCCUCCCUCACUGCCUCCUUUCAGUUUUACAGAGUUCACAUCAGUUGUUGGCAUCUUUUGCAGACGUUAUAUCGGUCUUUCCUCAGCCAUGGUUUUGUCUAUCCAUCUUCUAGGUGUGCAGGAUAAUGAAGAUGUGAAGCUGAUGCUGCAGGGCUCCAGCAUGAUAAAGGUAUACUCUCACCGAGCUGCUCAAAUGUUUUGGUUGUUUUUAGAGGAGGGUUUGGAUUAAAACAGAUGUAUUUAUCAUGUUUGAAGGUGCGUUCACCUCGCUGGCAGAAGAGACGGACUCUGAAGCUGCUGGAAGACGGUGUCACUGUGUGGUGUCAGUCUCACAAAACCUCCAGCCGAGCCAAGGAGCAACAAUCCUGUGAGUGUUUUUCAUUGUUUUUUGUUCGUGUCAGUAUCAGUUCAUCUUAUUUGAUGAGACAGUAGUUGGAGAGACAUGCUCUACAAGCAUGAACAUGGAUGAUUCAAGGCAAAGGAUGUCUAUGACAGAGCAAGUAGACAUCUUUGGAGUGACUGUGGAUUGGUAAAAAAGGGAAUGAGUGGAAUGGUUUUUACUGAUCAUGUGAACUUUUUAGUUGUCACUUGAAGAUAAUAUUUAGUAUUUGCAAAAGUUUGUAAACAAUAUGGAUAUUUCAGUGACAUUUGGCUGGAGUUAUUAGGUGGAUUUUUUAAAUCCUAUUGUUUUACUGCAGCUUUACUUCCAACUGGAAACCCGCUCUCUGUGUUUCACUUUAGCCCGGUUGGUGGCAGUAGAGCGCCUCCUAUCUGCUACAACUCUUAAAGAUACCAGUUUACAUGAGAACACAUGAACACACCCUGGAACUUAUUUCUAAAAGUUUGUGUUUAGCCGCCCAAAGCGUGCAAAGAGACAGUCAAAGUGCGACAUUAUUUUUAUUUUCUACUAAAAACAGGCCCCGCUUCUGCAGGUGCAGUGGCUGCGUACAGCCUGAGCUCUCUGGUGUGCCCUCUAGAGGUAGAACCAAGUAACAUAUGUGCAUAGCCAAGUAUGUGAACAGUUAUAUUCAUGUCACAGCUGGCUGAAGACUUGGGUGCUAGAACGCAUCUACAAAAAUCUGAAUCCUUGAUCCUAAAAGGCAACUAGAUUUGAUUUAAGUCCUUGAAAGAUUGGAUAGCUGUGACCUAACUUUGAAUCAUUAAUCCUCCUUUUUCAGCCAGAGCGAGGGUCACCUCCUUACUGUCUUUAUGGAGAGGUUUUGGUUCAGUUAAGUUCCCUCUCAUCCUCUGAAUGUAGACGAAAACGUGUCGCCACUGUUCCUUUGAACAAACUUUGCAGCCUGACAGCACACACUUCCAGCUGUUUGUUUUUUAUUUUCCUGUUGUACUGAUCAGUCACUUCUGUAAUGGCUAAAUUAAUGUACAUGAGUUUUAACACACUGACACACUGACCCAAAAUCUGUAGCACUAGAUUGAGACUUUUCCAGGUCAGGUUUUGGUGACUUGAAGUGAAGCGGCUUUUUCAGACAUGUUUGACCCUGAAAACUAUAAAAUAAAUGUUGUACAGUGUUUGUUUGCACCCUGUGUGGUGCCCACCCCAGGGUUACAAUCCAUCCUGAGCAAAUUAGAAAGAAGCAGGUUUUUUUUCGCUAACAAGAGAGCGCAGAGCUCUGACUGGGCGUGUAAGAUGAAACAUGGGUCUAUUUCUGCUAACCUAAGUGCCACUUACUGUCCUGUACAGAGAUAUCCUCGCUCACACAGCCACUCUCCCUGUCCUCCGCUAUCAGGCACUCGGCUCCCUGAUUAUAGAGCUCUACUAUUUUAGGCCCAACAUGGCUGCCGGUCCUGCUGUGGUUCAAACACAGAGAUUAUAGGACAUUAUAAGGCGGUGGGACUCAGCCCUGAGUUUGUGGUUUAGUGCUGUAUAGUUACCAUAAGACUCAACCCCUGAGUCAGCCUUUUAAGCACUGUACAAGGCCUUUAAUUGCUACAAGACAAGAACAGCUUAUGAUGUGGUUCAGUGUGUGUUUGGUGUGCAGGUGUGUGUGAGUGUCUGUCUCCAGUGGCUGUGUGUGUGUGUCUAUGUGUGUGCACUUUUUGAUCUUCUCAACUCUCAAGCUGACUCACAAGUUGAAUUACAGCAUAAUGUCUCGAAAGCUGAAUCAUCUUUUUUAAACUCCUCUCUGUGAUUCCAUCUUCCUGAAAACUCCUGUUUUCCCUUGUUUUGCCUUUCCUCAGUUUGAGUCUGUUGUUUUAUUUUCAUGGUUUCCAAAAUAAUUAUCAUUAAUAUAUCAUUAUUAUAUAUAUGAUAUAUAUGAUGUAAGAGCCAUUCACCAUGUAAGAGCUGUUCAUUUUAUUUACCUGGUGUAGUACUCAAUUGAGUCAGUGGGUGUCGCUGUCCUGUGGCACGACCACAGGUAUUUAGGGAACAUUGAUUGAUUUCACCUGUGGUUGGUUUGUUGAUACCGGAAGGGCCAAACGGUUUUUGACCGACGCGGUGGCGGCUGUGAGUUAUGCUGUAUGAAUUGAAGAAAGAGUAUGUAUUCGCUGUAUGCAAAAUAAAUAUGGAUUAUCGUGCAUCCCAGUUGAAACUACCUUUUUUGAACAAAGCUUACGGUAAGCCAUCGGCGUGUCAGCCAGGUGUCCCGGGAGUCAAUCAAACCACCUCAGUUUGGUAUUAGGUCAAGCUGCAACAUAUGAUAUAUAAUAUAAUAUCUCAUUAUAAAAAAUCAUUAUUGUGAUAUUUUAUGGCCACAGAAAUCAUACGGUGAAAUUCUGAUAGCAUGACUAGACAUAGCCUGAUUAACUGGCUGAAACAAUUGCUGGUAUUUUGACGUAGUUGGCACAUAUGGGUCAAUAAUACUCAUACCAGUCAACCACUUACCAUUACAGCUCUAGUGAAGGCUGGAUCAAAAUGUCACCAGGCUGCAAAUCUGGCAGAGGACUGGUAAAAAUGGGAGGAUGAAAUUUAGAGAUCUGAUCGGGCAGUGGAGAGCAGGGGCCUGUUCUACGAAGCAGGUUCAACUUAGCGAGGUAGGCUUGGAGCUACCUCGCUCAACUUAGCGCGGUAGCCAGCGGUCUCGCUACACGGUUUUACGACGCUAGUUAUCAACCUCAUAAGUGGAUCCAGCUCUGCUAUGAGCGCGUGCACACAUAUAAGGCGGAGCCCGCCGCAUCUGACCAAUCGCGAACAUGGAUCAGUCUGGAGCGUCAGAGCAGGCUGGAGAGUGAAGGACCGCGGACUUUACAAACGAGGAACAGGAGACGAUCAUGAGAAAGUAUGAAGAAUUGAAAGCUAUCAUAAACCUCAAAAGCAACACCGUCGCCGCUGCAAAAGCACGGAGGGAAUGCUGGCAGAAAAGUAAUCUUUGAUGUCAUUAUCACCCUGAAAUAGCACUGUUCAACAUGCGCUUUUAACUAAGGUGACAGUCCCCGAAUUGGAUGAUCUGUCCCCGGCUAAAGCUGUCCCCGAAAAUGUCCCUGAUUUAAGCGUUUCAUGAAUGAGAACAAAAAUGUUGCAUGUGGGCGAGAACAACGGUUGUUACAGUGGGUAGGAAGCACAAGUAAGCAGUCCUGAACAACAGUAUUUACGGGGUUAUUACAAGGGGCAUGCGCUGCUACUAAAUAGUACCGAGAUGUUGUCUGUGAUCGCGCAGCCCAUGCCCAUUCAUUCCCAAGAUGAAUCAUUCAUUUGUUCAUUCCUAUCGUGUUUACAUGUUUUGUGUAAUAUGUCGGCCAUAUAAGCCUUUCAUAAAGGUGGUCAUCCGGACAAAACUCUCCCUGAAAACUCUCGCGAGGCGGAGUGCUCCUCCUCGGACAAUGCGAGCACCGAGGUCUACAGGAUCCUCCAAGAACGGACAAGCCGUUUUUCGAGAGAGCUCAUUGGUCAGUGGGCGGGGUUUUUAUACUCGGUGAGUUCAAUCUGGAAUUUAACCUGCCCCGGAGCAGUUUAGCCGUUCAGCGUAUGUUGCUAUGGAGACUCGCCUCGCUAAGAGGUGAACCCGCGUCGUAGAACAGGAAACCCCGAAUUUAUCCUCAAAGUUACCUCGCUAAGCAGUAAUCCAGCUUCGUAGAACAGGCCCCAGGGGUCUCAUCUAUAAAUGUAAAAAAUACGACAGUUUCUAUGCAAAGUUUGUGAUCUAUAAAAAUCUUACUUGAAACUCCAACCCCACAAAAUUUUUGGAGGAAAGGGAAAUUAGAGAUGCAUUUGGCGUUUUUAAACUCUUAAUUCCAUUAAAUAUAAUAUUAACAGACCCAUAUCAUCAUAAUCAGUAUUUUACUUGUACAUGUGACUAUAUUGAGCCUCUUCCAAGCUAAAACUAAUUUAAAAAGCUCAUUUUAAAGCCUGCUAAAUAUCUAAUCAUCUCCUUCUCACCUUCACAUAUUUCAGUUACAUCAAAUUCAAACCACCACUUGAAUGUUUGUUUGAAGAAAGACACAAUCACAAUGAUCACCUCUGGCAUACUUUCACAUUUAGAAUGAACAAGUUUCAAAACUAUGAGACAACAGGGUUUUUAGACAGUUUUAACUUAACUUCAAUGUUAAAAUCCCAGUCAAUGCUCACUGGGAGAAAUUAAGAAAGAAAUUGAGUCAGAGCCAAAUUAAGGAGCUCAAAUAUUAAGAUGAAACAGAAAAAAAACAAGCACAAAUAAUUAAAAUUAAAUGUGUUUAAAAAAAAGUACAGAAAUGAAUGGUAGCAACAAUUUAACAGUUAAAACGUACAUUAUCAAGCAAGGUUCUGAUUUUGCAAGUGCUGCUUAUGUCUCUUUUAAAAUAAAAUAUAAGUGUUGCAUGCAGAAAUCUGUAGUGCCCUGUUGGUGGCCAUUGAUGACAUUGCCACAGUGGUUUUCAAAUGUUUCUGUAAAGCUUGUGUGAGAUCUUUUAAUGCAGUCUAAACCCUGUGAGCAUUUUCUUCACCAGCGUCUGAUUUACUUUGAGCAGAAUCUCCUCUUUGCUCUGUUUCUCUGACAGGCUAUGUGUCUUUUUUUAGUAAAACCAGAAGCAAACAAAGAUCUGCAAACACCAGCCCAGGUCUGGCGUUUGCAGUGAAGUUUCAUUUGGGAUUCUUAUUUAACAACACACAUGGAUGCAUUAUUGUUGGAAAGGUGUGCAGCAUAAACAAACAGCUUGGAAAUAGCACACAAACAGGCCAACACUCACAGUGAGGUUAUUUGAGUUGUCUAAAUGGAGUGGAUCCACUCUCUUGAAACUGUUUAAAUUUGGUGGGGAUGCUAGUCAGCUGUGUAGAGCUGUCAUCACUAUAUUUAUUUUCAAGUCACACUCUGUCCUUCAAACAUAUACUGUAUAAACUGGUUUAAUUCAUUUCCAGGAAGAAAACCAAACAUGAUCUCAAUAUUUUUAUCUAUUUUAGACCAAACUGUGUCCCCUGUGACGAAGAAGUUCUGUUGACUCUCUAAAAACAAACUGAAAACAAACUGACCAAUUGCCAAGGGCUUUUUCUGCUGGUUAUAAAACUGAGUGAAAUGAAUAUUAAUUCCUAUUUUUCCCUUAAAAAAAAAGCUUAAAUCAGAGCUUAUCUGGGCACUUCACUGAUUAUCUGACUCAACAUAACACGCAAUCUACCGUGUCUGCAGAGCAUCAUCAUGUUUUUCUCUGCUCACACAUUGGAGAGACGUUCCUCCCACUACAAACUAUUUCACACACGCAUGUUACCUACAAAGCUGAAUUCCUUAAAGGGAAGGCUCACUCUGUAACAGUUAUUUGUUUUUCUUAUUAUAUAACAGGAUGAAUAAUGUGGGAAAGACUUGGCUUUCACUCACACAGAUGUCUCUCUCUUUCCUCAGUCUCUGUCACAGACGUCGAGUGUGUCCGUGAGGGAUGUCAGUCGGAGACGCUGCGGCCGAUGCUCGGCUCAGUACCAGAGGGCCGGUGCCUGACGGUGGUCUUCAAAGGGGCCCGUAAGAGCCUGGAUCUCCUCUGUCAGAGCCCGGAGGAGGCUCAGCACUGGGCUCGCGGCAUCCGAACGCUGCAGGAGAGGGUGGAGAACAUGACGCAGAAAGAGAAACUGGACCAAUAUCCUAAAAGUCGAAGUAUACAAACGUUUGUAUAUGUUAGGAAAAAAAGGUGGAUUCUGGUUGAAGGCUCUGUAAGACCUGUGCAAGGACACUUGGGAUCACAAACCAGAGUGAUAAUGGAGUAAAAGGUAUUAGUUGAUACUUAAACUGGAGAAAAGGUUCCAAAACACCCAAGGUCCGGUUUGCAAAAGGACUGUGCUUUCUAAAAGACAUUGUCUAAUAGGGGUCAAUAGAUUAUAGAUUAUUAUGGGCCAAUACUGAUACCAAUCAUGUGACCUAUAACUGAUAUUUGGAACCAACAUCCAUUGAUAGUAAAAAUUCCUAUAUCAAAUAAAACUAAAACAUUGAAUAUCAUACACAGGAAUUAUCGGUUUACCAGUUACACUUGCAGCUCAGUAGCAUCACAUGAUGGUGUGACAUCCAGCCAAUCAGAUAAUAUUGUGAGCGGGACUCAAGGGGAGACAAAGUGGUGAUAGAAAGCAGAUCCAAAGAAAGGACACAGACAAAGAAGUGAAUGCACCUCAAACUUUGCCACAUGCAUUUAUUGAAAAGUGCUGUAAACUGCAGUUCCCCUGAGUGUCCACUUGAGGCUGACUGCAGAGGCACCAGAAACCACACACACACUGAACCAAAAUAUCCAACUUACGCUGACACUAACAGCCAAGCACAUUUAUAGUGACGUUCUUAUUGCAGUGGUAUUUAUAGGCAUUAUUGAGCUUUAAUUUACAUGCAGUCAUGACGGUCUUAACUACUAGGGCAACUUUUAGUCCAUAAAUACAGCUUUGACAUAGCUUUGGUGGAAAUCAACCCUGACAUCAUGUUCAGCCAACAAGGAUUAAUUUUCUUCCUCAGGAACCUCAGGUUUCCUGACCAUCAAGCAGGAUGCACAUGCCACCAUUAAGGAGCUGAAUAGGGAGAAUUCUUAGGGUUUGUGGAAAGAGUCCACAGGAGGAUGAGAUUGACAAGUUAUUUACAGGGAUAUUUUAUUUUAGGUUCUGAGUUCUGAGUUUAAUGUUUUAGUUUUCAGCAGUCUCUACAUGAAAUAACAUUUGCUUCACAACCUUGUACCAAAAUCCCCUCUGUUACUUUUGAAACCUUGUCUUCUUCACAUUGCAUUGUGCUUCCUUGACAAUCAUUUUGUCACCUGGAUUCAUGCUUACCUGAGUCGAGCUGAUCAAAAUCACGAUGACAAGAUGAGCUAUGAAGAAGUCCAGACAAUGCUACAGAUGAUCAACAUCGACGUGAGUGACCAGUACGCACGCAGCCUCUUCCAGGUCUGUAAAAAAACAAUAGCUCCAUGUCUGGGUUUUAAAGCUCAAUGAAUCUGAUUGUAAGUUUGUUUUGCUUUGAUGAAUGUUGUCGUAAUAUCAGUUUCUUUGUUAUUAUGACAGAAAUGUGACAAGUCAGCUGAUGGCCGUCUGGAUCACAGUGAGAUUGAAGUUUUCUGCAGGGAGUUGUUACGGAGACCAGAGCUGGAUGCUGUAUUUAUUCGUUACUCUGCUAAUGGCUGUGUGCUGUCCACUGUGGACCUGAGGGAUUUCUUUAAAGACCAGGGGGAGGAUGCUUCACUCACCCACGCCCAGAGUGUCAUACUCACCUAUGAACUCAACGCAUGGGGUACAGUAAUUAGUUAUAAUAUAUCACGAUGUUCAUACAUAAAGGACUGCAUCAUCAGCAAACAUCAGGCAAUAAGCGUCUUUACAGCUGUUAGGCAACUCAUUAAUGUAAAGAGAAAAGAGCAGUGGCCCCAGAAUCGAGCCUUGUGGCACACCCAUUACAGUUUUGAAAGGAUAGUUAUCUAGUAUGUUUGGAAAUUAGUUUAAAAAAAAUACUAUUUGACUUAAAACAACAAAACAAUACCUGCCCAGCUCAAAACUAUCAUCAAAGUAACCUGUCUUUGUGCAUUUUGCCCAGUACAGCUCAGAAGAACCAGCUCAUGACCCCCAACGGUUUCACCAUGUACAUGCUGUCGAAGGAGAACUGUGUGUUUAACCCGGAUCACACUCGGGUUUAUCAGGACAUGAGACGUCCACUUUCUCACUACUUUAUCAACUCCUCACACAACACCUACCUCACCAAGGACCAGCUGACCGGGGACAGCAGCACAGAGCCGUACAUCAGGUGAGACCGAUAAGUACCGCUCACAGGUGGAAUUUGUUAACUCAGGGCUUUUUUUCUAGUGAUUCACCAGCAUCUACCCUCUCGCUACGGUUUCAGGCUCUAAAUAUUACAUUUUUAAAAUCAUCACUGUAGUCACUGAUGGUCUUGUAUUCCCUUUUUAAUUUCAUAAAAAUGCCUCAAUAUGAAUUUUAGUCUAUUUAAUAAACACCAAAAGAUCCUCAUUGGAGCUUUAAAAGGAUUGCAUGGUUUUUGCUGCACCACUAAUACAAUCUCUAAUGUGGGCUUACGUUUCCAUACAUGUGGAGAUGAUCUGAACCUGAAAAUUUCAGGACCUUUACCUUGCAUUUCUCAGGUUGCUUCCUGAUAAAUGUCCCUUAUAGUGUGAAGUUCUCCCUGCUGAGUGGGAGGGUGGCAUCUCAGCAGGCCAGACAUGAUACAAAACGAACACUGUGGAAGUCACAAUAGGAUGUUUACAAGUUAUCCAAUACAGCAGGGAAAGGGAGUGGGAAUGUUCUGAAAAAUUCCAGAAAUUCCACCAGGGACAGGCAGGGAAAUGUCCAGGUGAAGUUUGAAUUGCUUACCCUGAAAAUUUCAGGAAAUUUUCAGGAGUUUCAAGCAGAUGUGACUGCAACAUUUCUGUGGACCACCACCUAGCUUGUUUCUAAGUGUGGUCUCAAACUACACCUGUACCAGUAGGCCUAAAGAGCACUCUGCGCUUGUUUUGAUCUCAAAAUGAAAGGUUUAUUCGUCGCUGUAGCACAGAUUCCUGAUGAUGAUUUUUCUCUCAGAGCUCUGAAUCAUGGCUGCCGCUGUGUGGAGUUGGACUGUUGGGAUGGAGAUAAAGGAGAGCCGGUCAUCUACCACGGACACACUCUCACUUCCAAAGUGCCCUUUGUUGAAGUCAUUGAGACUAUCAAUGAGUAUGCUUUUAAAGUGAGUAUAAUACCCCCAAUCAUAAUCUCUUUAUGGUUUUUCUCUAUGAUUCCUUAAGUAGGAAAAACAACCACAAAAUAAAAACAGUUGUGUUUGCUGUUUCUCUCUCAGGUCUCCCCGUACCCUGUGAUCCUGUCUCUGGAGAACCACUGCUCUGUGGAACAGCAGACAGUGAUGGCCAGACACCUACGAUCCAUCCUGGGAGACAAGCUGCUCACUAAGCCCCUCAGUGGUCUGGACCCUCACAAGCUGCCUUCACCUGAGGUGAGGAGACUUAGCUCCAUAACAGGAUGAGAUUAAAUCCCAUUGAAAUCCACCAUACCUAAGACCAGUGAACCAUAGCCUGGACUUACUAUACAACAGAUCAUUUAGACAACAGUACUUUAACUGGACGUAAUCAUAUGAUUUGUCUGUGUUUUGAAAAUAGCAGAUGUUUCUCUUUGAAGGAUUUGAAUCUGACACACAUUUCAAUGUUUCCUUUAUUAUAAUAUGUGUUUGUAAAACAGAGAACAGACUGUUUCUGCUGGAUAAGAAACCCUGAACCAUCUGCUCUUCCUACUCUGCCCUACUUUUUUACAUUCACACUUAUCACAUCAUGUGCAUGAACUCAUGAUGUGUGCUCCAGUAACCACAGUACAUCCAGGAAACUGGUUCCCAAGAACCCUCUGAAAACAUCUGACUCAUUAUGAAAUGGAAAAUAAUAGAGAGGAAAACCCUGAACUGUUGAGCAGCUAAAGUCCUACAUUAGGCAGGAAUGGGACAUUUCCCUUUCCAAACUGUUAAAAACGGUCAGCUAGAAGCAGCUGGAAAGAAGGCACGUCCAUGGCAGUAAAACGUCCACAGUGAUCCAGAGGAACCUAUGACAUGAUGGAGUUUAGGGACCAUAUGAAAAUACUGUAGCCUAAAUUAGUGACUCUAAUGGGACAUGAUGAUUUAUAGUUUACUUCAUGGUGGUCUUUUCUCAGCUGGAGGCAUAUCAAACUGGACAACCAAUAUCCUGAUAGACACCCAUGUAAAGUUUCUGUGCAUGAAAUUUUUUUAAUCAGAUUUUGUAGCUAAAAAUCCCAUCUAUGUGUGUGCAGGAUCUGAAGGGAAAAAUCCUGGUAAAAGGGAAAAGGGAACGUACGGUGGAUGAGGUGGCAUACAGCUCCUCAGAUCUGAGCUCCUCAGACGAGGAGGCGAGCCGCUCUGAAGGAAAACCCAGGGCGAAGAAAGAGGAGAAGAAGGUGCGUACAACUUUACCAACUCACCCUCAUUCCAUCAGUGUUCGAUCUGGUUAUUAGUGUAAAAGUUUUCUUUGGUUUUAGUCUCAGCCAGCUGUGUCCAAGCUGAGUCCUGAGCUGUCUGAGCUGGUGGUCUACACCCGCAGCGUCCCAUUUAAAGGUUUCGAACAGGCGGCUAAAAACCCGGCGACUGACAUGUCCUCUUUCUCUGAGAGUGAAGCGCUCAGGCUUGUCAAGGACUCAGGUAAGACGUGGGGAUAUAUUCACCCUCUGAAAAUAAAGAGAAAUAAUCUGCACGCUGCUUCACAGUUGUAAAAAAGUGAUAGAUCACCUAAUGAUGCCGAUAUUUCCAAACUGAAUUCUCCUGUGUGGACCUAACUGGACUUUUCUUGUUGUGCUCUCCAGGGACGCAUUUUGUGCGUCACAACAGCCACCAGCUGAGCAGGAUCUACCCCUCAGGCCAGCGCCUCCAGUCUUCAAACUACAACCCUCAGGACAUGUGGAACGGAGGCUGUCAGAUAGGUUAGCACUUAUCCUUCCUUUAUUUUAUGUGUUUUUUACCUCCCUCUCUUUGGUCAAAUUAUGUGCCGAUAUCACUGUCAAAGGAUCACUGUGGUAGAAAGCAUUGUUGACUUUGUGUCGCCGUCUCUCCAGUUGCUUUGAAUUUCCAAACACCUGGUGAGCAGAUGGAUUUGAACCACGGCCGGUUCCUGCAGAACGGUCAGUGCGGAUACACCCUGAAGCCUCCCUUCAUGUGCCAGCCUGACUCCACCUUCAACCCAGAGAACGUGGGUGGAGGUCCUGGCCACAAACCCGCCUUGCUCACUGUGAAGGUAAUAGGGUACUAAACCUAAAUACUAAAUAAUGAAAAUGUGGCUUUGAAAAGAUUAUUCCUGUCUGUAAAUGUGAAAAAGGGAAACCAUAGGGACUUCAUGACACUUAUAGCUGCUUACGUUUUCGUUAAAGGGAUAGUUCGGUUGUUUUAAAUCAGGCUUGUCUGAGUUUCUUCAUAUAAGCUGCUGAAGUCAGCUGUACCACACUAUUUCAGUCACCUGUUUAGUCUGUAUGAAGGGAGGGCUGAAAUGAUACAGGGAAUGUUUGACAAGAAAACCAGAAAAUUCGGCUUCUUUUUCAGGACAUGCUAAAGUUUCCUGAUGCACUACUUAGAUCUUUGCAUUGGAUCUAUGCAGGAUUAACUAAUAAAAACUCGCAUUAAACACUACUUGUGCACCAAAUCAUUACCAUGAGAAUAUACUCAAGUUACUAGAUAAGAUAAACUACUUUUUUCUCCAAUGACUUCAGAAAUGGAGCUUUGUUAUUCCUGUUGUUUCAGGUGAUUUCAGCUCAGCAGUUGCCCAAACCGGAGUGGGACAAGCCCAGCUCCAUAGUGGAUCCUCAGGUGUGGGUGGAGAUACAUGGUGCUCCUAUAGACAAUGAUAAGAAGAAAACCCAUCAUGUCGACAACAACGGUAAGGACAUACACUCCUGCCCAUUAGAGACUGCUUGGGUGGAAAAAGGCGUGAAAACAGAUACAGAUUCACAAAUUAAAAUCAAAACAAGUGAUGUGAACAUGUUUUUGUCUCAUUUCAGGUUUUAACCCUCGGUGGGACUGCACCUUUAACUUUACCGUCCAUGUUCCAGACCUGGCUCUGGUUCGCUUCAUGGUGGAGGACCAUGACUAUACCUCAAGCAAUGACUUCCUGGGGCAGUUCACCCUGCCGUUCACCAACCUGCGUGCAGGUGUGUGAACUGAGGUUACGAUAGUUUUGAUUUUUGUUCUGCGAGUCAGAACAAGUCUUUAUGCUGGUCCUUAGGCUUUAGUUUGGAUUAGUUUUUGUGUGAGACUGAUUGUUUUUUCAUGGCCACUGCUACAGCGCAUGAGGAGGACAAAUUACAAACAUAAACACAUGGCAUUGUGUGCUGCCAUCUACUGGAGAAAAACAGGUAUAAGAAAAAAAAAACCUGGAAGACAGAUUUUUAUCUCCACUUACAGUACUCAGCAAAAAGGGGGACCUGAGUUUGAACCUUGAACUGAAGUGAAUCUAAGUCAGUGACCUGAGACUUGACUUAAACUCGAGCUUUGAGGCCAAUGAAGAGCCUUUUAUUUUCAACUUCCAUCUCAUCGCUGACUUUUUUUCUCAUUUUUAGAUCUUAUCAUUGCAUGAUUUCAAUUUUUCAUUUCAUAAAAAUAUCCUUUUGCUCUUGAUUUUAACCGUGAAGUGUAUUGUGACUUUUAAGCUCACAAUGUUAACUUUUUGUAUGAUUUUAACCUUUCAUCUAAUUACUUAGAUACUUUUUAUCAUCCUUGUGAAUUUUUACAUCAUUAUUCAGACUUAUCCGACAACUUUGUGAAGAGAAGGCUUCAAAUUAUUAUAAUUUUGACUUUUUAUCUCAUUAUUGUAGCUUUUUAUUUGAUAAAUUUGUAUUUUUUUCCCAGUAUUUCUAAAUUUCAUUUUAUACUUAAACAUAAUUUCUUAUAAUUGUGGCUUUUCACCUCACAUUCAUAACUUUUUAUUUUUAUUUUUCAUUUCAUUUUCAUGUAAAGUUUUUUUUUCUUCUCAAAUUUACUCAGCUUUCAAUCCACCUUACAUCUGUAUAAGGGUGGCAUAUUGGGGAAAAGACCAUGACAUUGGCGAUUUCGCUGCUUGUAAAAAUGAUCAAAGAGUACCCUGACCUCCAUUUCUAUAUCUCUGCAGGUUAUCGUCAUGUCCGGCUUCGUAAGGUGGACGGCUCCAGCCUUUCGCCAGCCUCACUCUUCGUCCACAUUAAAGUUUCACCAUGUCAGAGCAGUCCAGUGAAACCAUCAGCUAAAUCACCGGCCAAGUUUACAACCAAGAAACCCUGAUCUCACCUCUGACCCAUGAUAACCUGAAAGAUUAAAGGCAGCAUGAGAAGAUUUUUGAAGAGAUCUACUGAAGUCCAGCGGACAAAGAUCAGGGCUCUCACUAAGUAUAAAACUUCAUGAUCUCUUUACGGUUUUUAAAUUGAUGCAGCUAAAUCCUUCACUGGUCAGUUCUGUCGAGCAAGAUUAAGAUAAAGUAUCAGUAUUAUAAAUUUAUUGAGAGCAUGGGAAACAGUUUGGAUUGUUUACUGAUGAUAGCAGUAUCAUAUUUUUUGUAAAGUGUUUUUAAAAGUAUGCAAAAAAAUGAAAAACUUGAAAAUCAUAUUGUGUAAAAAUAACUGAUAGACAUUGAUGGAUUAAAAAGUCUAAGAAGGCCUUAAAUGUAAACAAGAGAAAAGCCCUGGUGAAGAACAAAAUAUGCAAUAAGUGUAAGUCAAAAUAUACAAAACCCAGAGUGGAGAGGACCAUGUUAGUGCAGAUCCAGUCAUCCCCUCUCAACUCUUAUAUUAUGGCAUACUUUUACGUCUCUUGAAGCAAAGGAAAGGAAAAUCUUUUUUUAGGGUUCAUGCAGCUGGAAUAAGUCAGUGAAGCCCUGUAUUAUUUACUAUUUACAGUGAAGCUGAGACUCAGCAGGGAAAGAUAAACAGUUGUUUCCAUGGGGCUGUAAUAAACCAAGAAAUUAUGUUUAUUUGUAGGCAUAAUAGUGGGAAGAUUGAGCUCCAGUGUGAUAAAACCCAGAGUUCAGCAUCGUUCCCAUAGGCAUUUAUCAUGAAGUCUAAACAAAGUUGCUGUUUGGAUUGUAAACAAUGAUGAGCUGAUAGAAAAUGAGGUCUUAGUCAAGACCAUAUACUGUCUGAAACUCAGGCAUGCUCCCAGAGAUAACAACUUCUGGUUCCUGGAUCUAAAUAUAUAUGUUUUGAAGCCCAACAAUGGUGGUUGGCUUAUUUAGAAAUGCUGAUGCCAACCUAUUAUGCAAAUUUAUGUAUAAGUCACACCCUUUAAAAUUUCUUAACAGAUGUGUUAAGAAAUUCAUCUAAGCAAAUGAAUGAGCUGCAUACCCCCAAAAAGUUAAACCAGGCUGUAAACAUGUUUAAUUUUAAUGCAAAAGAUGGAAAUAUUAAUACAGAUGUUAACAGGAUUUCUUGACUUUUGAACAGCCUCCAGUGGACACUUUAGGAACUGCAGUCUUUUGCACAGCAACGUUGAUUUCAAUAUUUAACACUGGAGGCUGCAGCUUGGUUUAGACUCAUGGCUGACUAAUGUUCAUUUCAGUCUAAGUUGUUCCUGUGCUCCUAAUCUUAAUCCCUCACAAAACAGACAGAAAUGAAAAAAUGGCUUCCAGUCAUUGUGACCGGUGGAUACUUCACGCCAAAGCUCCGUCUAAAACAGUUUGAUACUCCGAUCUGGACUCAGCUAACCAUCCUUCGAAAGUCUACUUAUAUGAGUAAUAUUUAGUGGCAUGACCAAAGUUUGGUGCUAGAAUUUAACUUUGCAUUUUGAAACUUUUUUACCUUUGUCUAUCAAAUGUUAGUGUUUAUUUUACCCUGAAUAGCCUGGAAAUGCCUGCUGGUAUGUUAGCAAAGACUAUGAUAGAACAAUUCUGUAGUAUCUAGAUACUUUAUUUUAUGUAUCUUGGUGAAUUUUUAUGCAUGUAAAUAAUGAAAACACUCACAAAAAAUCUGUUAGGACCAGCAGAAGUUUGUUGGCCUUGAAGAUGCUGGAAAAAUAGUCAGAGUGUCAUAUUAAAUGCUCCGAGUACUCAGAGUUGGUCAUUUAAUGAAUGGCCUAUCAUCAGUAGUAGUACUUUUAAAUUUCUGAAAAAGCCAGUGAUUUUAACUUUCUAAGGAUAUGUGUUUUUAAGAUCCAGCAUGAAUCCACUAGCUUGAAAAAACAAACAAACAUUUGAAUAUACUGUUUAUUUUAAAACUGUAAUCAGAGAGUGUCAGCUCAAAUACAGCUACUGAUGAACAUCUGACACUAGCUUCUAAUGAGGAAUCUCACUAAAAACUAUGAAGAAAAGCCAUAGAAAAACAAUUUCUAGAAGUUUCUAUUUAUCUCUGCGAAGUAAAAGAAAUUAUUGCCCUUCCCAGUGUUUUGAACAGUGUCUCCUCAAAGGAAAAUGUACACGUUUAGACAAUAUUACUUUAGUUUAACUAUUUUGACUCCAAUUUUACCAGCUGUUAUGAAGACAGAGAUCAUUUCCACAGACAGAAAAGCACUUUUAAUGAUCUUAUUUUAGGCAUUUGACCCCUCAAAGCGCUUUAGAUGCCGUUCGCUCUUUUCUCCCUCAUACACUCAAAGUGAUGGAAAAGCCAUGGUGGCGAUUUGGGGUUCAGUAUCAUGAGGUGUGGACCCCACUAGCCUGGUGACAACCCAUCCUACCUUCUCCCUGUGGCUUAUUAAAGGAUACAUAAAUGUUGACGUAGGCUUUUUUUCUGUUGUAAAGAUAGUUUGAGCAGUUAUGCAGACGGAAAAGAUGAUGUGCACUAGAUAAAUCUGCUGCCUUAUUGUUAGCGGGACUCUCUAAAAGCAUGGUAUUUUGACUGGAUGGGGGUUGUUUAGCAGAUGUAGCAGUGACUUGAUGAGCUCCGUCCCUUUAGUCAAGCUGUUUCUCUUCCAUUCAGGACCCAGUUGUUCAGUCUGGUUUUCCAAAGAAGGAUUAGAUCAGAUCCACCUCAUCCAGUUUCCUACUUUAAAAUCCUACCUUUUCUGUGUAACCGGUGAUAACACUUUAUCCACAAGGCAUGCAACCACCCAUACAAAAUGCUCUUAGAUUAAAAGUUUUGUUUGAUACACUUGGUUUUUGGUGAAAACAUUUUAGGAACAUUUGUUCAGCAAUUCAAGAGUAGAAGUACCCCGUAAAAAAUGCCAAAAUACCAACAUAGUUGGUAAAUUUUUUUAUUGCAUUUUGUAAAUGAGUCCAAAACCCGUAAUCUGUCCUUUCCAAGAUUUGAUUAAAUCUAAAGUCUUCAAUUGCUCUUAUCACCAGGUCCGGAUAACCCAAACUUUUUUACAUACUUUCUCCACAGGGAGGCGCUAAAACCCAUGCAAACUUACACAUCUUCACAGUUGCUUUACAUUUUGUAUCUUUAGUUUGUUGGUAAUUCUUUGAUGGAAAGAAGUGUGUAGUUGUUUAGCAACUUAAAAAAAUACUUUUAAAAGUGUAAAAGUACUCAUAUGAUUUUUAAACUUGUAUUGGUCCCCCUACUCAAAAUUAUUUGCCUUAUUCCUAAAAUUCAGCUGUGAAUUAGCUGUCUGUGAGGAUCAGGAUAAUACGGAUAUUUUGGUGGAUGUUGAAGUUUUCCCAAACCUACAUUUCAAAAACAGACACUAAAUCAGGAGAUGUGAGGCAAUACCGCGACUGAAGUCCAUGUUUUUAGAGAGUCCCUGUCAGUCGCGUUUUAGAUAAGAAGCUUUAUAACUUUGUCUAGUUUUUCACAUUUUUGAGCUUCAUCUUUGUUUUACUUUGUGUUUUGGUGACUGUGACAUGAGUGUUUUGUUACUAUCAGUGUUUGAACAGAUCAUUGGACAUGUUUCUAUGUUAGAUAUAUCAUUUUUUAAAAUCAUGUCAAAGUUUUAUACAGAGUUGUUUUAGGUUAAAGAAGGGAAUAGGAUUUUGUAAAAGCUGGUCUUGGAUCAUUGUUUUUUUUACACAUGACAGACAGAACUAUGACUAUUUAAUGAUAAUCUCACAGUGAAUUUGAAUACUUGAAAAGUUUUUGACCUGGAAAGGUUAUGGCAAGAUUAAGAAGAAACUUACUAUGAUAUCAAAAACUACUGGUCUCUAAAAAUGUACUAAAUGCAUGAAACAAUCAAACAGAAAGGCAUCAGAAUCCGUCAGUGUUUGAAUUACAAUUACCUAUGUUUAAAGGACCAAAGUUGUGUUUUUUAUGUAGCUUUGAUAACAGAAACUUACUGUGCAACUCCAAGAAAUGACCUUGUUAUUUAUUAUACCUGAAGUAUUCAGCUGUUUGCUUUUGUGCUGCUGUAGCUCUAAUGUCAUGAAGCUGAUGUUAUUUAUUCAAACAGGUAAUAUAUGCACUAAGAUAGAUAGAAUAGAGAUGCAAUAAAAUAUUCUUUUAAAAUGUG